UUGACAUGCUGGCAUUUUUAGGUUGGAGGAGGGAGGCUUGACCCUUAGCCGUUGUGGCACAGCCGACUGGAACAAAGACCCUGGUGUUUUUAUUGAAGUUCAACAGACACCAGGACGGCCAAAUCAGUGCUUAUGGCCAGCAACCUGCCCUCAUAAUGUUGUCAUUCCGGAGGGCACUACCACGCCUCUCUACCCUUCUGAAUUGGACCCGCAGAGCCAGCAUGACUUUGUGCUGAGCGAGGUGAACGCUGACACUCCUGGUGCGGCAGAGGACAUGGAGUUCAUCGAGAUCUGGCACCCGUCAGGGAGGCGGGCGUCCCUGGAGGGGGUGUGGCUGCUGCUCUUCAACGGCCAAAACAGCAAGCCCUAUUGGAAGACCAGCCUCACCGGCUACUUCACAAACGCUCAGGGCUUCUUCCUCCUGGGCAGCGACAAAGUCACCCCGACCCCCUCCAUACUACUGCCCCGCAACACCAUCCAAAACGGGCCCGACGCCGUGGCCCUGUACCGCAGACCCUACGGGUCACCCUUAGCCACGGAGGCCGGGAUCCCCACCCGAGGCCUGUUGGAUGCCAUCGUUUACCGGCCUCCGAGCUCCGACAAGGAGGCGCGGGACCUGAGCGACGCCUUUAUCCCUGGCCAGAUCCCCCUGCUGGAGGACCCCACCGCUCUCCCAGGGGACGAGACCCUCAGCCGUUGCAACAGCCUGCAGGCUGCAGACAUGUCAGCUUUCGUGGUGACAUCACCAACCCCCCUGGGGAAGAAUUUCUGUCCCCAGCCUCCCACUCUGGCUCCUCCCCCCAAGGGUGUCGUCAUCAAUGAGGUGGGCAGUGCCCAGUGGACCAAUGGCAGUCAGCAGGAGAGCUUUGUUGAGCUGUUUGCAGCUCCUCUGACCGGGCUACAAAGCCUGGUGUUGGUUGUUUUUGAGCAGGGCCACAGCCAAGCCACCCUGGCGCUCCCUCUGACAGGGAAGACCGACCAAGAUGGAUACUACCUCAUCGGGAACAUCACUGGAGCUGACCAGUCCUUACCACUGGGGCUCAGCGGCACAGGCGUGCCAGCCCGUGGAGCUGUGGCGCUGUGUCACGGCACUGCCAGGUCCUGCACAGCCGAGGGGCCAGCGUUGAGCCACAGUAUGCUGGACACUGUGGUGUUCAGCGAGGACUCUCACCUGCUCAGCACUUUGGCGGCCAGCAGAGGGCAGCAGGUCAUGCCCAAUCUCAGGUCGGUGACGGGGCCGGCGUCCCUCAGCCGCUGCGCUUGCUGCGAGGCGAGGAGCCCCCAGGCCUGGACCGCCUCUUCUCAGACCCCCCGCCGCCCCAACCUCUGCCCCAGCGCGGCCUUCUCCGGCAGCAUCGACCUCUGCCUCGGGCCUCCCACCGGCGACGCGGAGCUGCGCCUGCCAAACUGCAGUGGAUGGAGGCAGGAGGGUGGCGGCAGGCAGGAGAUGGAGGUGGCGCUGUACCUGGAGGAUCAGUGUCACUGUGGGAUCUCUGCCCUUAACCUAGCAGGGGCCAACUUCUCCUGCGUAGCGGGCUGGCUGCGAGUGCACGGAAGCAUCCGGGCUCUGUCAGACCGCCAGAGGGACCUGAUCGAGCAGACGUCCCGCGAGCAGCGCUCCCGCGUGCUGGGAGACUCCUGUUCCAAUUCCAUCUCUGACAAGUCUGUGGGAGCAGAGUCUGGAAUUGUGUGGCAAAUAUGUCUGGCAGUGGUGGUGCUGUUGCUGUUGGUGUUGGGCGUGGCCCUGUUUACAUACUUCUACAGAAGGAGGCAUUCGCUGAACUAUUUCUCCAUGGAGCUGAGUGAACACACAGAGGGGCCUGGGGAAAUCUAGCCCUGCUCAGGUACCAGCUCUGUUUCAGGUCUGCUGCCCUUCUGCAGUGGCGCUUUUGGACGGUGGCCACUGGCCAUGGAGUAGGAUGGGAAGGGAAGAUACUGUUAGUAGCUAUUUCCUGUGCAUCUCUGUAACCCCACUUUCAUCUGUCCUCUAAUGUCACAGUCAGUGUUGCACUUGGCAACAGUGUUGUCGUGUACUUCAAGUAUUAGCAGGAAGAAGAUGCUGCUUUAAAGCUGGUAUUAUUUUAUUUUGUAUUGUGUGGAAAUGUUAGUCUCUCUUUGGUCUUUGAUGCAUUCGGUAAACAAUCAGGUAAUCUCAGUUGCUGUUUCAAAUUCAGUUUGGUUGCAAUCAAACUCUAUCAUGUUAUUUAGAAGCUUAGAUAUGGGUUUUGUGUAGAAGUGAAUGGAAUAGCAGGAUCAAAAUGAAAUGUUAAUUUAAGGGUAUGGAUUUUUUCUAAAGUAAAUAUUGUACAUAGACUUGUUAUUUUUAAGGGGCUUUCAUAAGUGCACUAAUGUGAGAAUGUUUUCUGCAUUGUUGCAGUUUUACUGCAUUACCUUUCAUGAUUCAUAAAACAGCUCAAGUACUUCAAAUGGCAAUUUGAAAACCAUGUAGAAUACACACUAUAUAACAUUACAGCCACUUAGCUGAUGCUCUUAUCCAAGCCAACUUAGUUUUCUUUUUUUUAAACAUAGUAUCCAUUUAUAAAGCUGGAUAUAUAGGGAAGCAAUGCAGGUUAAGUGCCUUGCUCAAGGGUACAAUGGCAGUGUCCUACCUGGGAAUCAAACCCGCAAGCUUUAGGUUAACGGGCCUGUGGCUUAACCAUUAUAAUAUACUGCUGCCGUAAUAAUACACAAAAUUAUGACUUUAGUUAGGUAACUUCAUUAAAACACAUGCAUUUCAUUUUUAGGACAAUGUACUACAUUGUUCAUUUCAAUGUGGACUAUUUUCAGUAUUUUUUUGUCCACAUAUUGAAAAAAAGCUAUUUUAAAUUUAUAAAGUCAUUUUCAAACGUACAAAGGCCAAGUUUUUCAUAAUGGUAAAUUAGGCUGACUAAAGCAACAUUAUGUUUCUGUGACUUAUUUUAAUUUUCUGGACAACAAUGGAGUUUGUCUUGCGGUAUAUCUGAGUUAGCUAGAUGACAGUAAUUGUUUGUAGGAUAAAUUCACUGAAAGUUAGGUGGACACAUUGGUUUUGGUUUUUUCAUAGGAUGUAUUGAUUAUACUGAAAAAACGAAAAUUACUGAUGUUAUCCUUUAAGGUGCUUUCAUCUAUUUUUUUUUUUAAUUAAUUAAAUUAUCUGAAACUUAGUGAUUGGAAUUCAUAUAAAACAUGGGCCAGGUGCCUUGUAAGCAUUAAGUCAGUUAAUUUCGAGUACGUAUUCAUUACGUCAUAUCACAGUUGAUGUCUGUGAUAGUGAGUGGCUCGCUUCUGAAGUAUGGGUGCCACAUUCCAGUCCUGCAGAGCUGCAGUGUCUACUGGUUUUUGAUGAGUUUCAGCACCAGUGAUUCAUUUCAGUUGUUGAUUCAAAACAGCAUGUUCUCUAGGCUCUAAUUGGUUGCUGAUUUGAGGAAACUGUAAAUAUUUGCAGACACUGCGGCCCUCCAGGUCUGGAGUUGACAUCCUUGUUUUAAACAUUUUGACCAUUUACUUCAGAUGUACAGAGCAGGGCUGUCCAGUCCUAUCCAAAUACGGUGUGAGUACAGAGCAGGGCUGUCCAAACCUUUUGCUCUAUUUUCUUAGGGUAUACCAGCCCCUGGUGCAGGUGGGGUACCAUACAAAUUCUCAACCAAUCUCUCAUGGUCUGUUCCAUGACCUACAAAUUGGGGAAGUUCUCCUGGCUGUUGCUGCAGUCAGAACGUGGUUUUCGUUUCUUGUAUUCCUUUUUUUUAACAUGUAAUUCUUUGCACAGACUUGAAAAACAAUCUGAAUUUUAAAAAAAUGUUAAACAUCAAUUAAUUAAUAUUAAAGAUGCGAUGGGGAAUUAUAUGUGUCAUUAAGAAUUUGUGUAAAUGUAUGGUAUUUCAGAAUUUUGAAACUGUAUUGUUUAUUGAAUAAAGAACCUUAUUUUUCAUAAGAAUGUUUUAGCAAUGGUAAAACAGCUGUCAUCCUAAGUUAUAAAGCUGUUUAAGACAUGAGUUAUGUUCUCCAGUAGAGAUGAUAUUUUACUGACUGAGAUCAUGUACAUUUAUAAUGCUAGAUCAGAAACCACUUAUCAAGGCCAUACAAGAAUGAUUUAUGCAUUGAAAUGAAGUAUAAUUACUUAGCGAUGUUCACUGUUUACUUAAUCAUGAAAACAGAUUUUAUUUUUCAAAUAAAAUGAUAUUUCCCAA